AUGAUCCGUCAAGAUGUGCAUCGGAUCGACCCGAAACGCCGGGCAACUAUCGAUCCUAAGAAAAGACAGUUCGCUACGCCGACAUACAAGCAGCAGGACUAUCCGCAUCGCCUGAACUUAUACGAUACGCCGCCCACGGCGGAAAUCACUCUCGAGGAGUUUGAGCAAUGGGCUAUUGAUCGCCUUAAGGUCCUGGCCGAGAUCGAAGCAUGCUCCUACCGCAACAAGACCCCCGCGGACACUGAAGCCCACAUCUUACCUCUCCUCCAAAAGUUCCUCCCCCCUCUCCUCUAA